AUGGCUAAGACCUUCGACAUUGUCGUAUUCCCAGGAGACUACGGUGGCCCCGAGGUGAUGGCCGAGGGCCUCAAAGUUCUAGAGGAGAUCCAACGUCAAUACAAACAUGAAGUCACCUUCAACCUAAAGCAUCACCUGCUCGGCGGGGCCUCAUUCGAUGCCCACGGCACCCCAAUCACAGACGAAGCUCUCACGGACGCAAAAGCAGCAUCCGCGGUUCUCCUAGGCGCCGUAGGAGGUCCGGCAUGGGCCAACGCCCCCAUCCCCGUUGAAUCGGGCCUAGGCCGUCUGCGCAAAGCCCUCGACGCAUUCGGCAACCUGCGCCCCGUGAGAUUCAUCCACCCCAUCCUCCUCGAGACAUCAGCACUGAAAGAGCACGUCUGCCGCGACGCCAACCUCCUCAUCAUCCGCGAACUCACCGGCGGCAUCUACUACGGCGCUCGGACAGAGCACGACGGAACCCUUAACGCCGCCUCGGACCUCGACCACUACACGCGCGCGCAGAUCCAGCGCGUCGCCCGCUUAGCGGGGACGUUGGCGAUGCGCACGCAGCCUCCAACGCCAAUCACCAGUCUCGACAAGGCGAAUCUGCUGGCGGCGUGCGGACGGCUUUGGCGGGGUGUCGUGGAGGAGACGAUCCGGGGGGAGUUUCCGGAGGUGCAGCUGAGCCAUAUGCUUAUUGAUAGCGCGGCGAUGACGCUGGGGGUUCGGCCGACGAGGCUGAACGGGAUCGUGCUGACGAGCAACAUGUUUGGCGAUAUCAUUAGCGACCAGGCGAGUGCGAUUCCGGGCAGUCUGGGGCUGCUUCCGAGUGCUAGUCUGUGUGCGAUUCCGAGAGGGGAGGCGGGGUGCGUGCGUGGGAUCUAUGAGCCUGUUCACGGCUCUGCGCCGGAUAUUUCGGGGCAAGGAAUCAUCAACCCGACUGGGAUGAUUCUUUCGGUGGCGAUGAUGCUGAGGUACUCGUUGGAUAUGCCCGCAGCUGCUGCAGCAGUUGAGACGGCAGUCAGUAAAGUCAUUGAACGCGGUGGAAGGACGAGGGAUGUCGGGGGGAUGACCUCCACUGCGGAAUUUGGGGACCGGGUGGUGGCCUAUCUGAGAGAACAUGAAGAUAGAUAG